AUGCCACCCAAAAUUGAAGUCCUUCCCGAUGCUGAGCCGAUCAAAAAGUCUCCAGUCAAGCCUAGAAAGAACCCCUUUGAGGUAAGGCCCAAAAAGACUACUGUCAAGCGAGAAGCCCUGGAAGUAUAUCCACAACGGAAAGGGUUGAAUAAACCUGAAAACUUGGGUAACAAGCCAGUAGAUCUCAAGUUCCAAUAUUUGGCAAGGGUUCUUGAUGGUAGGAUCGAUGAAACAUCCGUGGAUUUAUUGUACGAAAGAAUAUUUGCAACCUCCAGUGAACAAUCCAGCCAGGAGUGGAAAGACCAACAAUUGGAGAAAGUUGCAGACUUCAGCAAUGAAGUCCAGAAAAGGUACCUUGUGGUGUCUUCGUUGCUAGAUGACCUCAUUGAAGUGCAAACAUUUUCAGAAGAGAACGACCUCAAGGACCCGAAUCUAAUCAAGAUCUCAUUGCAUGAUAUCCAGACAUUCAGCAAACUUAUCAUCAGCAUUUUGAUACAUGGAAUUUAUCCAGUCCUCAGCACUUUCAGCAUCGGAAUUCCAAUAGAGAAGCGUCAACUAAAGGACUUCAAUACCAGCAAGUUGAAGAUUGAAAAGUUGAAACCUGAAUCAGCCAAAAGUGCCAACCAGUAUCUUUCUCAUCAAGUUUUACUAGAGCUUAUCUAUGAGAAGUUUUCCAUACUAUUGAACAAAGAGUCCGAUGUGAAACAAUUGAUGAUCAAGGGUACUGGGUUUUCAGAUUUUCUCGUCAUCACUAUCGCAUUGAUUACAGUCCCUCAAUUCCAGGUGAAUAGACAAAAAUUGCUUGAAGAAUUUCAGUCUGUUAUAUCUAUACCAGAGACAUACGAAUUGUUUCAAACUUACACAUUGUUAAUAUCUACCAGAUCCCCUCCAUACUUCAGGGCAUUCGUCAUGGAAAAGUUGACUUCGUUGCACUAUGAUGCGCCUAAGAAUGACGGCGUUGAAACCCUUAUUGAAUUCGUUCUUGGCUUGAGAAAAAAUGAUGAUGUAACUUUGGAAAAGUUAGAUCAAGUUGCAAAUAUAGUACUCCGCAAACCCAAGCAUAUUGGGACGGUCGAGUAUUUUGAAAAUAUAAGCAAACAAUGUUACGAUCUUCUAGUGAACAUUAACAAGCCUACUAUUACGAGUUGUGUUGGACAUUUGAUUGAAAAGCUUUGGUUCAAAAAUGAUAGAAUUGUUAAGGACUUUUUCUUCUCCAAAGUAUGGAAUAUCUUCGACCCACCUUCAGGUUCCGGAGUUCUAGUAACUGAGGCAGAAUUGAACAAUAGUAUUAAUGUGUUGAUUUCUUUGAGCAAGAAGGGACUUGAGCCCGAAAUCACAACUGUGUUGUUUAACAGAAUUUUGGUGGCAUUGUGGUCUUAUCUCGUGUUUCUCAGGCAGCAUCAAAAACUGUAUGAAGCUAUCACUGGAAUUCUAAUUAGUUACUUCACAUUAAUUAAAGACAAUGAAGAUGCAUAUGGAUUGAGAGUACUCGUUCAAAACUUACUUUCCGAAGGAGGAGAGUAUUGGCAAUUUGAAAUUGGUUCAAACGGACUAGUUCAAAUAGUAUCCAAGCCCAAGUCAUUAUCAAGUACUGCUAAGAUGAACCAAUUUAUACGAAACUUGGACAAUUUCAGUGGCUAUUUUCUAGAUUUUUUGUCGGAAGUAGACGAUGAAUUAAUUCAACAAUUGUUUCUCCAGUUGCUUGAUAAGUGGCUAUUUCCUAAGGAACAGCUUGGUCAAGAUAUCAAUAAUGACUUUUUUAUGUUGAUUGAUUUGCGAUUAUUGGAAGGUAUUGGAAGCAAAUUCAAAGACGUCUUAGCAAAAACACCUCAAGAUAUUUUGCGGAUAGUGAGAGACUUCUUAAAUCCCGAACUCGUAAAACCUAGUACUGUCGAACAGAGUAAUGAUGAGGUCGAUUCUGAUGAUGAAGAUGAUUUUGAUUCCGGUAUAUUCCAUCAAACUCUACCAGUUGUCUUAGAGUUAUUAUCAGCUAUUUUAUCAGAGACACCAUCUUUUGACAAGGAAAGUCGUGAAUUGGUUAUCGAAAUACAAAAGUCCUUAGGGAAAAUUGCAUCUUUAGAUUUGCAGAAAAGCUUGCAGACUUCUUCACGAGCAUUACAUGAUAGAAUUGAAACAUUGGUGAAUGGUACGCCAGCCACUACAAACCAAUUGGACAAAGAUGGAGAAAUACUCAAACGAGCUAUUACUAGCUUAAACGAUCCCCUUGUGCCCAUCAGAGCCCAUGGACUACACUUGUUAAGACAGUUGGUAGAACUGAGAAGUGAGGCAAUUAGCUUAGACUUUGUGAUUGAAUUACACUUGGUUCAGCUCAAAGACUCUGAGCCUUAUAUUUAUUUGAAUGUCAUAAAAGGACUUAGAAGUUUGAUGGAUUUACACCCAAAGGAAACAAUUCGAAUCUUGGUUUCCUCAUAUGUUAACGAAAACAAGGACAUGGGUCUUGAUGAGCGGCUCAAAAUCGGAGAGGCAUUUUUAGGUUACAUCCAAACGAAUUUUCAGAUGUUUACUGGGGAUACCGCAAAAUUAAUAGUGGAUGCUACACUUUCAACAAUUCGAUUGUCCAAUGACAAAGAAAAAGAAGAUAAUAGGUUGAGAAUGUCUAGCAUGUCGUUACUUGGAGUUUGUUGUACCUCAAACCCACUAGGAAUGCUGGAAUAUUUGGAAGAUAUUUUAGAUUGUGCAUUUGGUAUAUUGGAAUUGGAAACUGACAAGGAAAGUGCCAUUAUGAGAAGGUCGGCUGUGGUUCUCAUCCAUGAUAUAAUCUUGGGAACCUCGGAAUCGGAUACUGUUCCCUUCCCCAGCAGGUAUAGGGAUAAAGUCAUCACCAUCUUGACCUAUACAAAGGAUAACGAUAAUGAUCUAUUAGUGAGGGAACAGUGCACCAAGGUAUUGGAUACCAUUGCAGAAUUGGCCCAACUAGGAAUGGAAGUAGCCAGCGAGAGAUACAGAACAGGUUAA